UAGACUACUUUUUACUUUUGGCAGAAAAGACGCCACUUCUUCUGCAUCCAUACUUAGCUGGUUUAUACCCUUCUUUCCUUGUACCCCACGAAUGGAAUCUCUCAGAACGAAAAUGAAAUAAAAAUAAAAUAAAAGACACGAAAAGCAAAUUAAGUUACCUCCAUUGGCAAGAAAAACUUUCCCAGCAUCACUGUAAUCUUAUCUCUCGCAAAUAUUGUUUAUUUAAUGCUACAUUUCAUGUACAUAAGCACACUGUUAUCAUCUCCACAUUACUCAUUUUCUCCCAAAAACAAAGAGAUAGAUUUGAAAAAUGGUGAAAAAGAUUGUCAUUUUCGCUUGUCUGCUAAUAAUAGCAUUGGAUAUAACUGCUGGAAUACUUGGGAUCAAAGCUGAAGCAGCUCAAAACCAGGAAAAGCAUUUGAGACUAUGGAUAUUCGAGUGUAAAGAGCCAAGCCAUGAUGCUUUUGUCCUAGGCGUAGCUGCUGCUACGCUUCUGUGUAUAGCUCACGUUCUUACAAAUUUGAUUGGAGGGUGCAAUAUAUGUAGUCAAGAGGAGCUUUCAAAAGCACCUCCUAGCAAGCAAUUGUCAGUGGCAAGCCUUGUGUUUACCUGGAUCAUACUGGCUGUUGGCUUGGGGAUGCUGGUGAUUGGAACAAUAUCAAACAACAAAUCAAGAGCUUCCUGUGGUUUCACACACCAUCAUUUCUUAUCCAUUGGAGGGAUUUUGUGCUUUGUUCAUGCUCUAUUUUCUGUUGCUUAUUGUGCAACCUCAAAUGCUAUAUGGGCAAAAUGAAUCCGUGGAUGUCACUCUCUGCAGCUUAGCCG